AUGAAAUCAACAAAUAAAGAACAAAUGCAAGUAUAUCACAAGAUUCAUGAUUAUGUUGUUGGAGUUGAAAUUGCACGUGGUGCCUUCAGUUCAAUUCGUGAAGCGUUCAGAACAGAUUCUCCUGGUUCAUAUGCUAUGAAAUUGAUUUCCAAGAAAAAAAUCAGACAAUAUAUCACAUCUAAAGAAAUGAUCUUCAGUGACUCUGUGAUUGCACCACUAUUAUUCCAUCCUAAUAUUGCAAGAGUUUAUCAGACCAUUGAAUCAGUUGCUCAGCAUUUUCAAAUCAUGGAUUUAUUUCAAAAGAAUACUCUCUUAUACUAUAUUCAGUAUAAUUCUCUUACCACAGAGCAACUUUUGACUUAUUUAGAUCAGAUAUUAUCUGCAAUUGAGUAUCUUCACCUUCAUGAUCUUUGCCAUCGCGAUAUCAAGCCAGAGAACAUUUUAAUGACAGAUGGAAAUGAAGUUAAACUUACAGACUUCGGUUUUCUAACUUUUUCAUUUGACGGAAAGAACAGUGGAACAUGCGGCAGCCCAGGAUAUGCCGCACCCGAGGUCUUCUUGUUCAACGUUUACGAUGGCAAAAAAGCUGAUAUUUGGAGCAUUGGAGUUCUUGUUUAUUCUCUCUUUGCUGGUACAUGUCCGUUCCCAUCGGAUUUGAAGCAAUCACCUCACAUUUAUCUUGACCAAGUCGAUUUUACGAAAAUUCCUGAUUGCGUUCAAUCAUUCGUUAAAGAUUGCCUGAAACUUGAUCCAAAUGAACGCCCUACGGUAUCACAAUUGCGCGAAUAUACUUGCUUCGACUCAAUUAAGCGAGCACAAAAGAACGAAAGACCAGAUUUAAUAUCUCCAAUAUUAAAGCCACAGUUUUACGCUCCAACCAAGCUUAGCCAGUAUCUCUCUAUUCCGCAAACCGAAAUCCUAGCUUCACUACAGCAAAAAGGCUCUUCCCCAGAGAAAAUUUUAUAUUCUUUGCAAUCAGAGCUUCCAUUCCUUCCAUUCCCACGUUUAUCCAGCUGCCCAAGUCCAGGAAGAUUACCUAACAUCCUUAAUGACGUAUUUUGCGAAGGCAGUUACAAGAUUUUAUCUGCAAUUUCAUCACAUCUUCUUCCGAUGAGGUUUUGCAUAUCCCAACAGCCACAGGGCGAACUGAGGGCUGUUCUCAACACAAAUGGCGAAGAUAUUUGUUUCGACAUUGAACUGUUCGAUAUGCCAGGCAAAAAUCUUUGUGAUGUCAAGAUUAAGGCAGGAAAAACGGCUGCUGCAUAUGCGGCCGAGCUACGAAAGUUUUUGACAGAUAAUUUCAACGUCGAAAAAUUUUAA